AGACAUGAGAUAUGAAACUACGGAGAUUAACGUAUAUCAUACUGUACGCUGGAAUACUUUAUUUAGUAUGCAUUGCAGAAGACAGAGAACAGAUCGACAAAGGAUGUCCUCCUUGGCAAGACAGUCCUUGGUGUCCAUGCUAUCAGUUCGAAGACGGUUUGUUCCUAGAAUGCCCCAGUACGGGCUUGGAACAGAUUCGCAACACCCUAUCCCUGGUUGUAGCACCCAUCAAGUCACUCACCAUCUACCAUCUCGACAGCAAUAUCACAGUUUUACCGUCCCGUGUGUUUCUCAAUCACACUAUUUCUCACUUACAGAUCUCCUACUCGAACUUGCAAUCGAUUCAAGAGGAUGCUUUCGAAAGUUUGGAGGACGUGCUCGAAAGCUUGUCUAUUGUCAACAGUCAACUGAAAGAAGUGCCACAGAAAUCUCUUAGUAGACUGCACUCUCUACGUUCUUUGGAUUUCGAUUCCAAUCAAAUAACUCACGUCGACAGUUAUGCCUUUUACGGACUACCUUUAAGCAGUUUGAAUCUUCAAAGUAACUUAAUUGAAUCAUUGUCUGAGUAUGCAUUCGGCGGUUUGGAGAAUACUUUAGAAGAAUUAGUUCUCAUCAAUAACCGUUUGACUGUGUUUCCACUUAAUUCGUUGAGACGUCUCAGACAAUUAAAAACUUUGAGGCUGGUUUGGAACCAUAUCACAAACAUUCCUGAUGAUGGCUUCACACGCUUCACUACAUUACAGCGCUUAGAUUUAAGUUCAAACAAGAUAAGUGAGCUUCAUGAAAGAAGCUUUAUCACCAUGCCCCGCCUUACCAUUCUCUCACUAUAUUCUAACUUUCUAACUAAAUUAGAUGAUGAUGUUUUUCUUCACAUGGACCAAUUAGAAUCAUUGGAUCUCAGUCAUAACACCAUCACCAAUUUAAGUAGUAAAGUAUUCAGUCAUCUUAAUAAAAUUAAAACUGUUGAUCUCAGUUAUAAUCACCUUCACGUUAUCGAUAAUAAGAUUUUUCACAAUUUAUCAACCAUGAAAGAAUUGUUUAUAUCUAAUAAUAAUGUCAUGAAAAUUACAAAUGAUACAUUUUUCAAUACUACUCACAUUUCUGUACUUUUUGCACCUAAUAAUGCCAUUUCAAAUAUUGAUUAUGGUGCAUUUUACUCAUUGACUCAUCUGUAUCAAUUACAAUUAUCUUUCAAUCAGUUAAGAGAGAUUCAUCCCACUUUGUUUAAGAGUAAUCGUGCACUACGUUCACUUUCCUUAGAUAAUAAUCUUAUAAUUGAUAUAGAACCGGGAACAUUUCAGGAGCUUGUCGAAUUGCGAGAUCUGAGAUUGCAAAAUAACCUCAUUAAAAGAAUUAAAAAAGGAAGCUUCUAUUCUCUCCCCAAUUUACAAGAAUUACAUCUUCAGUUUAACAGAAUUGAGGUCAUAGAUAAUGAAGCUUUAAGGAGCUUGGCUAAUUUACAACACCUCAACAUUCAGGGUAAUAGGCUGAUAGAAAUGGGAGAUUUUUUGAGUAGAUUUCCUUCUAGUUUGAGAUCUCUACAAUUGAAUCAUAACGAGAUAGCCAAUCUACACAAUGACAGCCUCAAGGGUCUCACCCAAAUGGAAAUCUUGUGGUUGAAUUGGAAUAAACUCAAGAAGAUACAGAAAGGUGUUCUGAAGGAUCUUGUGAAAGUAGAGAAAUUAUAUCUAGAUCACAAUUCGCUUAUGUCUAUCGAGGAUGGUGCUUUUUCUAGUAUGAAGAAUCUUGUUUAUCUUAAUCUUGAAAACAGCAAUCUCAAUCAUUUGAGUUCGGGUAUGUUUCGCGGAAUUUCAUCAUUAGAAGAACUUUAUUUAUCUCAUAAUCGUAUAAUGGAGAUAGAACCGAACACGUUUCAGCAUUUGAAACAGUUAAAAAUCCUUCAUUUAGCAAAUAAUCAAAUUUAUGUCAUCAGGAAAUACAUGUUUGAAGGCAAUCUUCCUCUUGAAGAAUUGAUAUUGUCUAACGUUAUGGCUGAAGAUAUCGAAGAAGGAGCCUUCAGCGAUGUUUCAUCUCUCAUAACAUUAGAUAUAAGCGGAAACAAGUUAACAACAAUCGAGAAAAAAGUAUUAAAUCUUCCAAAUUUAGAGUAUCUGUAUUUGGGAAACAACAAUAUAAGUGAUAUCGGAGAAGCAAUGUUCGAGAAAACUAAAUCCUUAAUUCUUUUAAGUUUUGAUAAUAUAGGAUUUGACUUCUUAAACGACAAUAUAUUCGAUUCUCUUACAGAAUUACGAAUUCUGAAACUAGAAAGAAACGGUUUGACGGAACUAGAUGCAGAUGUUUUAGCAUCAGUGGGUCUAUUAAGAGAGUUGUAUCUCGAUCACAAUAAAUUUGAAAAAGUUCCUUCUCAUGCACUGGGAAAUGUGGCCAAUCUGGAAAUCCUAUCACUCUCUCACAACUGCCUGAUUUCCCUGAAGAGAAUGGCAUUCAGAGAAAAUCAAUACCUGAAGAAACUAGACCUUAGUGAUAAUGAGAUAUCUGUUAUCGAGGAAGAUGCUUUUUUCAAUUUGAGUUCUCUUUUAAAGUUGAAUUUAGCCAAUAAUUCUUUAAAAAUACUCCCGAAAGAUGUAUUUCUUUACACGCAAUCUUUAGAAGAGAUGAGACUAGAUGGCAACUAUUUAUCCUACCUUCCCAACACAUUAUUUUCUCCCAUGUUGAAGAAACUAAAACACAUUUCGAUGAAUAGAAAUCCAAUAAUUAGAAUUAAAGAAGAUUUAACAAUCUCAGGAGAUCUUCCUUCAGUUCAAAUCUUAAGUUUGGAUAGGGGUAACAUGACUGUUGUAGCAUCACAUGAUUUCAUAGGUUUGAACAAUCUCCUAAGUUUAUCCAUGAGGCAUAAUCGGAUAUCUAAGAUAUCGCCGGGUGCUUUUAAACCAUUAAAUCAAUUAAAGUUCUUAGAUUUGGGAUAUAAUGAAUUAGAAAUCCUACCAGAAGAAAGAUUAUACGGAUUAACUCAAUUAAAAAUUUUAAAUUUGACAAGGAACUUACUUAAGGAGUUACCAGCACUUAGUGAAGAUAUGAAGCACUUGGAGAAUCUUGACGUUUCUUAUAAUCGUCUUACGGUUUUGAAGAAAGGAAUAUUUGAUCAUUUGAAAAAUUUGAAAAGACUCCGGAUGCAAUAUAAUAUAAUAAGUGUUAUUUCUCCAAAGGCUUUUGUGGGUCUAUCAAAUUUGGAGGUGUUGAACAUUAAAGAUAAUCGCUUGACACAUAUUCCUAAAGAAGUACUCGCUGCUAUCGAGGUCAGAUUAAGUGCAAUUUUUCUUUCAGGAAAUCCCCUGAAUUGCAACUGUCGAAUGUUGGGUCUAUGGGAAUGGCUUCAAGAUCAUUUAAGACUAAUCACAUCCUCUGACGAAUCCGUCGAACUUGUUUGUCAUCGUCCCAUAAAACUAAGAGAUGUCACCUUGUUAACCAUACAUCCAGUGGAUUUCUGUCCAGCCCCUCUUGUUUCUGAUCUCCAAAUUCAGCGACUGGACCACGAAAGGAUGACGGUAGAUUGGGAAAUACAAAACGGUACGUUGAUAGGUGGAUUUGUUCUCACUUACCAUGUAACAUCUACAAACAGUGUGCCCAUAAGUCAUGCUCUGGAAGCGGAUCAUAGAAGAUACGAAAUUCAAGGAUUGGAACCGGAAACUUGGUAUACAGUGUGUGUGACAGCUACUGGUAAAUAUCUUCGAGCUCUGACAAAGCCAACUCCAUACGUAACGCAUCACGAUAAACCUCAAUCUGACACUAAUACCACGAAUCGGAAAUGUCUGCAAAUCAGAACACUUGCAAAAACAGACAAGACUAAAAUCACCCUUUCCACUCUCGGCAUUAUUUUAGGAAGCAGUGUCAGCGCUGCUUUGGUUCUUACACUCUCUAUCCUCCUAACAGCCUUGAAAUUUCGAAGAAGGAGAAGACCCGUGAAGAACGACGUCCCUCAGGAGUACAUCUCUUACCGUCACUUUUCGAUCCAGUCCUCGGAGGGCGUAUACUCGUGAUACUGUGCACGAUCUGUUCACGUGGCACCAUGAUCGGACUACUAUCUGUGUGCUGGACACAACGACGGGUGCCAUACAACUCCUACAUAAAGGAGUAAUUUUGUAUAGAGAAAAUCGGCGUCCAAAACUUGCAAUAAUAAAGGACAAUAUUACUUUUCGUUUUAUUCCAGUCUCCUAUAAUCAUUUGACAGGAGACCCGGUUUGUGUUGCUUCCCUCUGUAUGCUACAGAUGUGUCUGAACAUGUGUGUGCCGUGGCAACAUGACGUGGGAACAGUUUGAUUCAAUUUCACGAGGAAAACAGGUGAGAAAAUCAAAUACUUUCUUGAGAGAUUUUAAUAAAAGUGCAUAUAUAUAUAUAGAGAGUUUAAGAGAAAGUUUUGAAAGUGGG